AGUGUUGGAUUUCUGUAAUGGCAUACUGUUCACUGUUGGUCUCUGUCCUCGUGGUCUUUGACCAUUUGGCCUCUUCCUCGGCAUCAUCUGCUCGUAACACUCCAUGAAACCAAAAUUAGGCUUUCUCGAUUUGUGCAGAAGCAACCUACCCUGUAUCGUUCACCGUGUCCUUGCGCUGCCAGGACUGAGAAAGCUUUCUCACGAUGUCUUUGGUGCAUAGAAAAGCUCUGCUCCAGAGAAGAAUUUAGAAGAUCCGUGGAGUUCAGGCAAGAUUUCAAAGAUCUGUUCUAGCUGCAGAGAGGCUACCAUACCAUGCAAGGAUCCGAGCACCAGCUCCGCGUUCUUCUCUUUCUCAUCGUCGCCUCGCUCCUCCACCACCCCUGCUGUUCCGAUGCAGCAAGGCGGCCAAUUAAGAGCGUUGUGGUGCUGGUCUUGGAGAACAGGUCCUUCGACCACAUGCUUGGCUGGAUGAAGCAGUCCAUCAACCCAUCCAUCGACGGCCUCACGGGUAGAGAAUGCAAUCCUCACUCCACUGAUGACCCCAAGUCUCAGCUCAUCUGUGUCUCCGACGACGCGCAGUUCGUCGACCCGGAUCCAGGCCACUCCUUCGAGGAUGUCGUGCAACAAGUGUUUGGCUCCGGUGCCGUUCCUUCCAUGUCCGGUUUCGUUCAGCAGGCGCUGACCAUCUCGCGGAACCUGUCGAGCACUGUCAUGAAGGGGUUCAACCCCGAGAGCGUCCCGGUCUUCGCAGCCUUGGUACAAGAAUUCGCGGUGUUCGAUCGUUGGUUCUCGUCGAUUCCCGGGCCAACGCAGCCCAACAGGCUGUUCGUGUACUCGGCAACCUCCCACGGCGCGAUACGCCAUGACAAGUUCAACCUACUUUUGGGCUAUCCACAGAAGACCAUCUUCGACUCGCUCCAAGAAGAUGGACUGGACUUUGGUAUCUACUUCAAGAACAUACCCACUACUCUGUUCUACAGGAAUUUGAGGAGGUUGAAGUACAUUUCCAAGUUCCAUUUCUUCUCGACAUUCAAGGAUCACGCGAGGAGAGGGAAGCUGCCAAGCUUGAGUGUUAUAGAGCCGAGGUACUUUGAUUUGUUGGAGCAUCCAGCGGAUGACGAUCACCCUUCUCAUGAUGUUGCUAAUGGACAGAAGUUGGUGAAGGAGGUGUAUGAAGCACUGAGGUCAAGCCCGCAGUGGAAUGAGAGCCUUUUGAUAAUUACUUAUGAUGAGCAUGGGGGCUUUUAUGAUCAUGUUGCGACACCUUAUGAGGGUGUUCCAAAUCCAGAUGGAAUUAUGGGACCAGAUCCUUUCUUCUUUAAGUUUGACAGAUUGGGAGUUCGAAUUCCGACAAUUAUGGUUUCUCCUUGGAUCAAGAAAGGAACAGUGAUGAGCAGACCACAUGGACCAAGUUCAACCUCAGAAUUCGAGCACUCAUCGAUUCCUGCAACCAUAAAGAAAUUGUUCAAACUUAAAUCAGAUUUCUUGACGAAGAGGGAUGCAUGGGCUGGCACCUUCGAAGACAUUGUGGGACAUUUAACCUCGCCUAGAACAGAUUGUCCUGAAGUAUUACCUGAUGUUCCUCCUCUGAGAAACAUCGAUGCAAAAGAAGAUAGGUUGCUUUCUGAGUUUCAGAGAGAGUUGGCUGAGUUAGCAGCCGUCCUUAAUGGCGACUAUUUCUUGAGCAGCUUCAGCCAUGAAACAAGCAAGCAAAUGAAGGUCAGGGAGGCCAGUGCAUAUGUAAAUGGAGCUGUUUCAAGAUUUUUAGAAGCCGGAAAACAGGCCAUGAGGUUAGGAGCCGAUGGUUCAGCUAUUGUAAAUAUGAGGUCAUCUCUGACUCGUACAACCAGAUCCCCAUGACCGAAAAAAAUUUCAAUCGUAUCAGUGUUUCUUCUGUAUCAUGCUCCCAAUCUAUACAAAGAAUGGCCUGCAUCUACUCAGGAUUGUCUUCUAACUCAGUCAAGAGAAGAGAUGGUCAUGAGCGUCUUUCAGAGUGCAUGCAACUAUUUGUUUUAUUUGUGUGUGUGUGUUCCUUUGAUCUUGUGCUUGCAGUGCAAGUAAGUUGUCUUUGUUGAGAUAGGUAAGAACCGAAUGUAAUGGUACAGACAAAACUCAUAUUGAGAUAAUCGUCGAUUGCCUAUUGUGCUAGUAUGCAAAUUGCAUUCUCCUUUCA